AUGAGCUGUGACGCUGUUAAGUGAGGAUUUGUGGUUAUUGUAGUGUUAUCUAUCUUAUAUUAGGAUUAAAUGGUUCUUUUAACUUAUAUAUGUUGUAUAUAUAGUAUUAUACAAGUAUUAUAGUUUACCUAUAUGUACAGUAAUAUUAACUAUAACAAAUCUUAUUCUUUCGUUACAGUUACCGCACCUACUUCCCAAGCACCCCAACAUCAAAAGAAGAAGCCGAUUUUCCAAUAGCAGUAGUACGAAGUGUAUAUCAAGAUUAUUACCUGCUAGAACUGAUGUUAUCAGCUUCGUAUCAGCCUCAAAACUUUUACUGUUUUGCCAUGGAUAACUCUUCAGCUCCAGAAUUCAAAAGAAACUUGAGACAACUGGCUGAUUGCUUUGACAAUGUCCAUGUACCUUUAGUUGAACAGCCCUUGGAUGGGGGAGGACAUUGGCAAUAUGCAGCACAUCGAGAUUGCUUGGCGUGGCUGAAUGACAAGGAAAAGAGGUGGAGAUAUGUCACGAUUUUACAGGUGAGGUUUUUUAAAUGAAAUAAAAAUAAAAUUUAAAAAGAGGUUACCAUAGUUCGUAUUUUACAAUGAAAUUUCAAUUUAAAUAUUUGAUUUGAAGUGCUUAUACAGUGAAACUUCUGUAUAACAAGUCACUCGAAGAUUCAAAAGUUGUUUGUUAUACAUUAUUUUCGUUACAGGGGAGUUUGUUAUGCAGAAGUGUCACCGUAAUUUAUGUUUCUUACAUUACAUUACACUACAACUUCAAUUAUAAAUUGGCUUUACAUCAAUUUUAAAAGUUUAUUUAUCUUUCUUGUUAUUAAUAUUUGAUUAGCUGAAAAAAAAGUUUUUUAAACAUAAAAGAAAGUCUUAAUAGUAUACCUUGAGCUCUUGUGUUAGGUGAACCAAAAGUAGCGAGGCACUUUUCACUUGUUUUUCAACUGAAAAGUGUCUCGGUUCUUUUGGUUCGAUUCAAUAUAACAAACUCUUUUAAAGCCAAAACUUUUUAUAGCUACAAUUCUAAAGCGACAAUGUCUUGGUGUAGGCUCCGACCUUGCGACAUGUGUCGACAUUCCUUGGAUUCUUUAAAAUUGAGACUUACACAGAAGUUUAACUUUACUAUAUUUAAAAAUAAAUCCUUUCAGAAUCAUGAUUUUCCAAUGAAGACAAAUCUAGAAAUGGUUCGAGUUUUCAAGAUCUUCAAUGAAUCAAAUGAUGUUUUAGUCACACCAGAGCCAGGCAGAAUCAACAAAAAGCUGAAUUGGACUAUCGGGAAUCUUGAACUGUUUUUGGAUAGUACGUAACGUUGAGUAGCUGUACAACAAAGUUUUACAAAUAAUUUUUGUUUACAUAGCUUGAGGAGAGGGGGGGGGGUAAAAAAUUUUUUAAUUUAACGAGAGGAUCAGGUUCAACUUUUUUCAAAAAAAAAGUUUUAGGGUGGGGCGAGGUAGAAAGAAUAAAAAGUUGAUUUUUUUCAGAUUAAGAGUCUAUAUAUUAUGCCUAAAUCAACAUUAUUUCUUUACAAAAUUCAAAUUUUUAGAAGAAAAACAAGCCCGCUUAGCAAGUACAACAAUAUCUUGGGCCAAAGGCGUUAACGAAAUGUCAAUAAGCCGAGCAGCCAUGGAUUACAUGAUGAACGAGAUGAAUCUCACCAAACUGAUAUCAAUGAUAGACGACGGUAAAACCUACGGAGUAGAUGAGAUAAUGUACAACACUUUACUUUCAAUGGAAACCUUGCAAAUACCUGGUCAUUUCACCCAAAAGUGCAUAAAAGAACCCCCGAACUUUGUGACAAGACAUUCAGCUUGGUCGUGGGAUCCAGACUGUCGUAGUAAAAUCUUCAGACAUGCUUUGUGUAUGUUCGGAGUUGAGGAUUUGGUACCUAAUUUGAAUAAUCACAAGUUCCAACUUUAUGCUAAUAAGUUUAUGCCUGAUGUUGAUUUCAAUUCCAUCGUAUGUUGGCUGGAGACUCUACACAAUAGGACACAUAUUUGGAAAGAGACAAAGCUGGACACAAUAUUUUAUCAAAAUCAGGCUUUUGUAAGUUUUAUGGGUUUGUACAGUAUACUGCAACGCAAAAGUUUUGAAACAAACCAUUCCCGAGUUUAUAAGCUUUUGCAUAGAAUACGUAGGAGUAAAAUAGAAGACAACAUUGAUAUGUUUAGCUAGGUUUUUAUAUUAAAAAAAAGAUAGCAUCUUCUUUAUAAUGACAACUUUCUGACCGCUCUUUGUAUAAGCACUCUAAUUUAAAAUUAAUUGAAUAGUGUGACACUCUGGUUAUAAGGAAAGAUUUCAACUAGGCCCUUGAGUGUCAUACUAAAGAGGUUUGAUUGUAAAAUCAUUUUUAAAGCUGUAAAAGUAAAAGACAUACUAAAGAGAUUUUACUGUACAACUAUACCGGGCGCGCAAAAAGUUCUGUUACAAUACUUUACCGGUCGUUUUCUCUAAGUUGCGGUUAAAUUAUUUAAAAUCCUUUAUUUUAGCUUAUUCUCCGUGUUUUUUUAUUGUAACUUAUAAUUUAUAACUUAUACUUCCUAAGAUUUCAGGUCAGGUAUCAAAACUUGAAGAAUGAGCACGGUGAAGUACCAACGGAAGUUCUGCGACACUUCAAAUGCAAUGUGUAA